UGACGCCAUCCCAACAUUUUUUCAGGCUUGUGGGGAAGUCGAAGAAGGUAUCUGAAAGACAUCUAAAGGAGCGUUUACCUAACAUGAAAAGAAUCAGAUACAUUUGUAAGUGAUGUAACACUGAUCUUCGAAGUCAUCAACUACUAUGAACUUCAGACACUGAUGUAAAUUUGAUCAUUCUCCACUCACACUUUUGAAAAUGAAUUGCAAGAAGAAGCGAUUUGAAUUUGUUGGUGACAAUUGUAAUCAGUCUUUCUCUAAUAAACACAAACUGAGAAGGCAUCAAAGAGUUCACACUGGAAAGAGACCACUUGUUUGUGACAUUUGUGGGAAAUCAUUUUCUCAAAAAGGCAAUCUAAGUACUUACUCCAGAGUUCACACUGGUAAGAAACCUAUUGUUUGUGACAUUUGUGGAGAUUUUUUCGGGGAGAAAAAUAAUUUAACUCAACAUCAGCGUGUCAACACUGGAGGGAAACCAUUUGUUUGUGACAUUUGUGGAAAAGCUUUUGCCCAUAGUAAAAUGCUAUCCAACCAUCAUACAAUCCACACUAUGGAGAGACCUUUUGUUUGUGACAUAUGCGGAGAUUCUUUCAGACGGAAAACUCAUUUAAGUCAACAUCAGCGUGUCCAUACUGGAGAGAAACCAUUUGUUUGUGACAUUUGUGGAGAUUCUUUCAGGCAAAAAAUAAACUUAAAUUGGCAUCAUAGAAUCCACACUGGAGAGAAACCGUUUGUUUGUAACAUUUGUGGAGAUUGGUUCAGACACAAAUCUAGUUUAACUCAACAUCAGCGUGUCCACACUGGAGAGAAACCAUUCAUUUGUGACAUUUGUGGAAAAGCUUUUGCCCACAGACAAACGCUAUCCAACCAUCAUAGAAUCCACAUUGGAGAGACACCAUUUGUUUGUAAAAUAUGUGGACAGGCAUUCUCUCGAAAAGGAAGUCUAAGUCAACACUCGACAGUUCACUCUGGAGGAGAGAAACAAUUCUUGUGUGACAUUUGUGGAAAAGCUUUUGCCCUUAAAAAAACGCUAUCCAACCAUCAUAGAAUCCACACUGGAGAGAAACCAUUUGUUUGUGACAUUUGCGGAGAUUCUUUUAGACAGAAAACUGCUUUAACUCAACAUCAGCGUGUCCACUCUAGAGAGAAACUGUUUGUUUGUGACAUUAGUGGAGAUUCUUUCGGGCAGACAAAUAAUUUAACUCAACAUCAGCGUGUCCACACUGGAGAGAAACCAUUCAUUUGUGACAUUUGUGGACAGGCAUUUUCUCAAAAAGGAUAUCUAAGUAAACACGCUACAGUUCACACUGGAAAGAAACCUUUUGUUUGUGACAUUUGUGGAAAAGCUUUUGCCCAUAAAAGGACCCUAUCACUCCACCAUAGAAUCCACACUGGAGAUAAAACAUUCAUUUGUGGUAUUUGUGGACAGGCUUUUUCUCAAAAAGGAAAUCUAAGUAAACACUCGACAGUUCACACUGGAGAGAAACCAUUCGUUUGUGACAUUUGUGGAAAACCUUUUGCCACAAAAAAAUACCUAUCCAGCCACCAGAGAAUCCACACUGGAGAGAAACCAUUCGUUUGUGACAUUUGUGGAAAACCUUUUGCCACAAAAAAAUACCUAUCCAGCCACCAGAGAAUCCACACUGGAGAGAAACCAUUCGUUUGUGACAUUUGUGGAAAACCUUUUGCCACAAAAAAAUACCUAUCCAGCCACCAUAGAAUCCACACUGGAUAAACCAUUCGUUUGUGACUUUGUGUGACAUAAGUGACCUUUGAAGUCAUCAUUCCUGUGUAUUUAACAUCUUGUGGAAAAGUCUUUUCACAAUCUGUUAGCCUGACUACUAACCGUCAGCGUGCCAUAAUGGAGAGAAACCAAAAUUUGUUUGUGAUAUCUUUGGAAAAGCAUUUUUGUAUAAAUCGUCAUUGACAUGCCAUCAGCGUACGUGCAUACUGGAGAUAAUUCAUCGUUUAUGAUUAACUGUGAUUAACUUGUCACUGAAAUGACAUAAGUGUGUGUCCACAUUGACAAAUCACAAGGGUUUAGACUUGCAUCUUUGUUGAAAUUAGGCUAAAAUCACAAAAAACAAAACAAACAUACAUGUAGCAUUGUGUAUAAAUUGUUCCCUAUACCUGUAAUGUGCACAGGCCAUGACUUUUCAAAUGUUGCCAUGUGUUUCUCACCAAAUCUUGCUCUUAAGUGUGCCUGGUGUACUUGCAAAAAUGUUUGCAAGUCUUUAGCCCUAGGUACUUGUCACAAUUUGUCUGAAAAUGUGUAUUUAUUGGGCAGCCUUGUGUACACAUGUACUUCUCAAAUUUUGAUAAUGUGUACAUGGCUUUCUAUAUAGGCCCUCCUAUAGCCUUGUGUACAAUGUGUACAAUAGCCUUGUACAGUUUGCCUGUAACUGUGAACCUGAAAAUGUGUGCAAGUCUGUAGCCUUUGUCAAACUUUGCCUGAAAAUGUGUAAAGGCUAUAAUAGCCUUGUGUACUUAAAAUUAAUGUAUUUUGCCUGAAAAUGUGUACAUGAAAACAUAUGCAAGUCUAUAGCUUUGUGUACAAGGCCAUGUACUUGUCAAAUUUUGCCUGCAAAUGUGUGCGAGCUGAUAGCCUUGGGUACUUGUCGAGUUUUGCCUGAAAAUGUGUCAGGCUAACCGCCUUGUGUCAAAUUUUGCUUGAAGUUGUGUGUACAUGUAUAAUGCUAUAGCCUUAAUGUGUACUUUUCGAAUUUUGCGAGAAAAAGGGGGCAAGUCUAUAAUCUUUGGUACUUUUCAAAUUUUUUGUGUACUUGUUGAAAUGUGCUUAUGUAUAUAUGGCUGUAUAGCCUUGGGUACUUGUCAAAUUUUGCUUGAAAAUUUGUGCAAGUCUAUAACCUUUGGUACUUUUACAAUUUUGCCUGAAAAUGUGUGCAAUCUAUAGUAAGCCUUGUGUAUUUUUCGAAUUGUGCUGGUAAAGUGCAAGUCUAUUGCCUUGUGUACUAGUCAAAUUUUGCCUGAAAAUGUGUGCAAGUCUAUAUAUAGCCUUUGGUACUUUCAAACUUUGAUUGAAAAUGUGUAUAAGGCUAUACGCCUUGUGUACUUGUUGAAUUGUGCUUGUAAAUGUGUGCAAGUCUAUAGCCGUUGGUACUUGUCGAAUUUUGCCUGAAAAUAUGU